GCGAUUGAAUAGACAACAAUAUUGAAUUAUCUGAAAAUAACAUCACUUUGGAGUUUCUGUGCAGUGUGUCAAUUACGAGAAAUGAUCAUUUGAUUAAUGAGUGUUGAGGACAGUUCGAAGGAGACACUGAAGAGUCAAGGACACAGUGAACAUUGAACAGAGUGUGGAUCUCGUAUGUAUUAUUCGGUGAAAUAAUAUCUUGUGUGCAGUUUAAUGACAGAGUGUAAACUAGUUGGAAACUAGAUUCGUUGAGGGAGGAAUAAGAGGUCCUAUUGCCAAAUAUUCUGAGAUUGCGCUGGUAACAGGAGUUGUAACGAUGCCCAUUAAUUAGGCAUAGAUUAUUAGGGGUACGAGCCCCACCCACAGUUUAUAAACAAAUAGUCAUCGAUAUUACCAAAUUGAUUUUCACCAGGCUGAAGGAACAUAAUCAAGUGCAUAGUAAUUAAUUUAAUUUGAUCCGGUGAAUUUUAUCAGAAUGUCUCGUAGUCUACUCUCAAGAGGACACGUCAGUCAUAUAUAAUUGAAUUUUCAUUCUUCAGUCGCAAAUAAAUCGAUUGAAACUGUAGAUUAAAUUUUUAGUUGACAAAUGAGUUUGUGCCGAGAAAUUGACAACAAAAUUCUGUUUGAAAUGAACUUACGUGUCCCCUCGAGCCCCAAAACUCACCUCUGGGACAGACGAUGAAAUAGAAAAAAACUUAGACUCGUUCAAGCUUUAUUAACAGUUUAAUCGCACACUCAUAAUACACAUACAUAGGAGGAAGUCACUGCUCUAUGAAUGCGGUAAUUUCCAAGAGUUCGGUGAGACCUAAUCACUUCUAAUCGAUAAAAAUAAACAUCGCAAUGUUUCGAGUGAAAAAAAUUCACCUAAACCUAGUCCACUGAAUUAGCGAAGAAACUAUCAGUCAACUCGCCUAGAAUUUUCGAUAUAAAAACAAAUGUAACGAAAAAAUAAACGAUUAACAUCCAUAAAACGAUAUGCGUCAUUGUACCAUAACUCGUCUGUUACAAAAUUCAUUUUAUCAAGAAUCUUAAACAGAAAGCGUUUGUUCGAUUAUGAUGCGUCAUAUUUCGAGUAGUCAUAGAAACGCAAUCCCCCUGACUUCGAUACUCCAUUGAGACGUUAACGAGACUCGUUGCUCUGUCGAGAGAACAAAAACCCCGAUAAAAACGUUCAAGUAAAACAAUUGAUGCAGAAGCCGACGUAAAACCAAUUUGCAGUGAUGGAGCGCAGGGAGCAAAGGGUUGAAAUGGGGGUGGGUUCCUUUCACAAUCCACCGCGUGCACAGUACAGCGAGGAGACGCGGAACCUCAUAAAAAUGCUGAUGGAGGAGUCCAAAUUAUCGAUGAUGCAGAGGAAGUCGAUCCAGAGUGCUGUCGACAGGGGCGAGCCCCUUCCAACACCCACAACUAUUGCCUCCAAGGAUAACGGAAAACAGAUUACUUAUCCCUGUUAUUGGAAGAAGAGGUCGCAGGAGGCUAUUGUCAACAGUGGAGCGUACGAACGAGAGCAAUACCGGAGAACUACUCCUUUAUUGAAUAAAGAUAAGCAGAAGAGACACCUGGCCUGCAUGAUGGCCUACGGAAAGGACUUGCCGGAAACACCGCACGGGCCUAUGCUGCGCCACCGCCCAAGAAGAGAGCCUGAGAUUCCUGAAGAUAUCGAUCCCCUCGACGAUCUUGUCCAAGGAAUACGAGAGCGCAUGGACUUUCUCCAGGAGAUGGAGUCCCUGGGGCUCAGUAAAAAAUACCGUCCGAUAAUUCAGCAAGAGAUUGCCCAGAAAAUUCGCAUGAUCGACGCAAUGGAUAAAAAGAAAUCAGCAGAGGUUGAGAUGGAGUUCGAGGGAUUGAAAUACGAGAGACCACCGCCUAAACCGUUUCCAAUUGGGGAAUUGGAUGACGAGUGAAUUUUUUGUAAUGAUGAUGACAAAAACUAACGAA